AUGGAAAUCUUGGAGAAUCUCAACCGAUACCCUCAUUGCAUAUUGCUCACUCGCGUCGGCCAGUUCUAUGAGUCAUACUUCGACCAGGCCGCAGAAGUCUCCCGUCUCCUAAACAUCAAAUUAACAAAGAAGACGUGGGGCGGGCAGCGCGUUCUAAUGUGUGGCUUCCCCAUCAUGUACCUCCACAAGUACCUCAAGAUACUCGUUCAAGACCACAAGCGUUUUGUCGCCAUUUGUGAGGAAUUCCGUCGCGACCGCCCGUUGGACGCGAAGGGUGCAUUCGAGAGGCGUGUCACGCGGAUCGUCACUCCGGGAACCCUCAUCGACGAGCCUUUUCUCAACCCUUACGAGAAUAACUUCCUUCUUGCCGUUGCUCCCGCUGAGCCUGAACGGCUUGAGGGAAGUUCAAGCCCAUCUUGCACGUCUGAGACUCCAGUCGGCCUUGCCUGGAUAGACGUCUCCACGGGAGAAUUUUAUACUAAGAAUACGACGCUAGGUGGACUCAGGGAUGAGGUAGUCCGCAUCAGUCCCAAGGAAGUCAUCCUGGACGAGCGCCUUCGCGACGACAAUACCAGUCCUGUUCGAACUGCGGCCGUCGAGGAGAAUUGCUUCGUAUCCUAUAUCUCCCCGUGCAAGUUAUCCAACGUGUUACAGAGACUUCCGCCUUCUGCCGACCAACCGAACGCCGACGACCUUCUAGCUCAGAUUGACGCAUCGAAGGAGGUCUUUCCGGCAGCGUUGACCGGGGAGGAGGCCGCCGCAAUUGAAUUGUUGACUGCGUUCAUGCACGCUCAUCUCAUGGAGCACAUGCCAUCACUCAUGUCUCCCCACCGAGAGUUGUCGAGUAGCAGGAUGCAGAUCGACUCGCAUACCGUGAAGGCGCUGGAGAUUCGUCAGAGUCUGCGAGAGGGAGGCACGACUGGAAGCCUACUACACGUCAUCAAGCGGACCGCGACGAGCAGCGGCACCCGCCUUCUCGCACGCUGGCUAUGUUCCCCGAGUACUUCCGUGGUAGAAAUCAAUGUCCGCCAGUCUUUGGUUGCGUUCUUCCAUAGCCGUCCUUUCCUGCGCCAGGACUUGGUAUUGCUCUUGCGCGAAGCGGAGGACGCUACUCGCAUCGCACAGAAGUUCCUUCUCGGACGAGGGUCUUUCCCUGACCUUACCGCCAUCUGCACGACGAUUGACACUUGGUCUUCUAUCAAGGAGAGAAUUCUCAUGGAGAAAAAGAUGGAUGAACGGACCGACGAUACUGUCGGCGACGCUGAAUGGUCUAGUAUUGAAAAAUUGAUGGAGAAGCUUGUCGAUCUCGAAUGGCUGGCGGCUCGCAUCCGCACAGCGCUCGUUCCGCGAGAGAUGACGCCGAUGCCAGAUAAAGAAUUCAGUUCAGAUGAGCUUUCGACGAGCUCGGUCACCCCAGUGCCCGGCCGUGACUUCAGGAACCCCCUGGGGAUCACUGACUGGACUAUCAAACCUGAGUUCUCUGAACAGUUUGGUGACUUGCACGCCACAUUGCAGUCUCUUCUUGCAGAAAAGGACGAACUUGAACGACGACUGCAAGUGUCGUAUGCCGCGCCGACUUUGACAUUGCGUGCGUCGCCCGGCCUCGGAAUGCACAUACACGUCGCUCGAAAGGCUCAUGCAUCCCAGCUCAGGAAGGAUGCUGACUUCAUCAGCGUGUCUGAAAGCGGGUCGACAUGCACAUUUUUCCAUAUUGGCUGGUCGCAGCUUGCGGCGCAGAUCAGUGAGACCACUAUGGCCAUCGCCGUGGCUGAAAAAGAGGCAUUUGAAGUGCUACGGAACGAGGUUAUCUCCCAAUCAACUAGUCUACGCCGGAAUGCACGCAUAAUCGACGAGCUUGACGUUACCUUGGCAUUCGCAAACCUCGCUGUAGAGAUGCACUUUGUGCGGCCUACAGUAACUGAAAACACGUCUUAUCAUGUCGUAAACGGACGCCAUCCGACAGUUGAGCUUGGCCUUCUCACGUCUGGACGAGGCUUCACACCAAACACGGUCACUUUCACGCCCGACUCUCAACUCCAGAUCAUUACUGGACCCAACAUGGCGGGCAAGUCGACGCUGCUACGGCAAACCGCUCUCAUCGCCAUAUUAGCGCAGAUUGGGUCUUACGUUCCCGCCGACUCUGCUGAGAUAGGCAUCGUGGACAGAGUAUUCUCUCGCGUGGGAGCGAAGGAUGACCUCUUCCGCGACCGGAGUACGUUCAUGGUGGAGAUGCUAGAAGCUAGCGACAUCCUCCGGCGGGCGACGCCCAAUAGCUUGGUGAUCAUGGAUGAGGUCGGUAGAGGAACUACAGUUGAAGAUGGCCUGGCGAUCGCCUUCGCAACGGCUCACCAUCUCUUGUCUGUGAAUGGCUGUCGGGCAAUGUUCGCGACGCAUUUCCACGAGCUGGCCGACAUGCUCGGCUAUGAUGCCGAAUCUCACCACGGGCACGGAGCGUUCUCCAAGGUCGCAUUCUUUUGCACCGACGUGGACGAGAUAGAAGACGGAUUUUUCGCAUAUUCGCACAGAGUGAAACCUGGGGUGAAUCGAGAUAGCCAUGGGCUGAAGGUGGCUCAGCUCGCAGGGAUGCCUGAGUCGGCGGUCGAGGUGGCGCGAUCAGCUCUUGCAUGGCUGAAGAAGCGGUCAGCAGAGCGGGCGGACAGUAAACUAGAUCUUCGGACACUGGGCCAAGUACUGGUGUCCUACAAUUGA